AUGUCGACCGGCUCCGAGCAGAUGGCGCCAAGUUUGGAGCAGAUUUUGAAGAUGAGGCAGGAGCGCAUCCAGCGCACCCCGAAAUGUGCCCGGUGCCGGAAUCACGGGACCGUCAGCGCGCUUAAAGGGCACAAACGCUUUUGCAAGUGGAAGGAUUGCCUAUGCGCAAAGUGCACGCUGAUCGCGGAACGGCAGAGAGUUAUGGCAGCACAGGUGGCGCUUCGACGUCAGCAGAGCCAGGAGGAGAAAGAGGCUAAGGACCUGGAGAUGCUGCUUGGUGUUAGCAAUUGAGCUAGCAGCGACCUGACGACGUCGGAGAGGGGCGGAAGUGAGGUGAUGAGCAGGGAGAAUGAGGACCCUCACGCCGAUGACAGCCAAACUGACGACCAGUCAGAUGAGCUGUCGAUGACCCCGGUCGUCUCUGAGCCAACGACGCCGUGCCCUCUAAAUCUUCCCCAAUUCCUCGUCCGUCCCCAUAUGCCAUUUCCGUUCCCGCUAAUCGCCAACCCGAUGCUUCUUCGAAUGCAACAUCCGGGCGCUUUUCAUGGGAUGCCCGGGUUCCCGUUCUCGUUGAUUCCAUCAAUGAACCCAUUUUCCCCAGACGGCCAUCAGACUACGCCGCUGGACUAUCGACAGCGAAAGGAUGAGGAU